AUGUCUAAACGAAAUAAUGAGGGCGAUGUCAUCGCGAAUCGCAUAAGUCUGCUCGAGGCAAAGGGUCAGAAACUCUUGGCGUCGUUGUAUGGUUCGCGGCCGGACUGGGGCACUGCGGAUGGUGAUGCGAAAACAGAAGUUGAAGACGAUGAUCAAGACCUGAAACAAAACUACGCUCACGACAGAAUCGGUGUUGGCGGCAUAGUCCCCAAGGAUAUCGAAGAUGGCAGCUUCACCAGCAGAAUACGAACGUCAGACGACAAACUUCUGCAACAACUGAUCGGCAAGAAAAAGGCCAAAGCUCAUAUCACUGCGAAACAAGAAGCUGCGAGACCAAAUGCAGCAUCCAAAGCUCAACAUUACAAGAAGCUUGCUGCGAAGAAAGAAGAAUCGGACGAUGAUGAAGAGGGAAGGGCCGCGACAUUCAAAUCUAAGAGACAGAAGAAGGUGAAGCAAGAAGCGAAGCCGCCGGACAGCGACGACGAAGAUGAAGAGACGAGAGCAAAGAGAUUGGGAGGUGGCGCUGUGAAAGAAGAGGAGGAUGUACCAAAGGAGGACGUAGCUACAGAAGCCCAGGUGGACGCGAAACCUAUCAAGAAAGAAGAGGAGGGAGAGGAGGACGCAGAAGCCAUCCAGCCAGCACCCAAGAAAGCGAGAACAAAACCGAAAAGCUUCCUCGACGAGAUUCUAGCUGAGCGGUCAAAGAAGAAGAGUAAGAAAGGAAAGGCAUAG